AUUAGUCACUGGAUUCCUUUAACGUACAAGGUUUAAUUCAUUACAUUCUCCCUGUUUACAACCCUUCCCCCAUUUUACUGCCCGCUCGCUUUUGGGAAAGAAAUGGAGGACAAAUCACUACCGAAAGAGGGGGUGGGUUCCUUGGAAUAAGUCUGGUUUAAGAUGAAAACGAAUGGACUUUUAUACACUUUACAACCACACAAAUACGGGGGUAGUAUUCAGGUGUUUGAUAGUAAGCUUCAAUAUGCUGUUGUGAGAGAAACAUGGUGUGAGAUCCGAGCUUCGCUGCCUGCAAGGUCGACAGACCGAGGAACAAGAGACGCCAUUAAAGCUCAGGGUAUGGGACUUAGACAAAUAACCGUAGCCUGAAUGAACAGUUAAAUUAUUGCAUAAAAUGAGCCACCAUUGCCUUCUUUUUCCCCUUCAGCGUUAGCAACGCAGCCUGCCUGACAGCACAGUCCUGCGCGUACGUACUAGACUCUGCUCGUGUAUUCCUGCGCAAAGGGGGUUGUGCUUUUUGGAGGGAGGAGGGGGUGAGGAGCGUAAACUGAAACCCAAAAUAUUCACGAACACCUUAAGGUGCAUUAAACUGCACGUUUUAGAAACAUCGUUCCUUGUCCACCCCAAACGCCCCGGCGCUCGGGAUGUUUGUCCGCAUCGACGCGUGGCACGUUGUGCCUGAGAGCGGACUAUUUUGCGAGAGCGCGGAAGCCUCGCGCGACAUGCCGGAUCUGCUUUCUGUGUGUGUUGGGUGAAUGGAGGCGCAGCUCUUCCUGGUGAACAAACACUGACAACUAUAGGGCAGCCUAGCGAUACCUGCUUCCCAGAACGGCCACACACCUUCUCCUUCACCCCCAAAACAACCCUAAACAUGGCUGCUGAGCGUAAACACAUCGCGCAGUUGAAAUCCGAACUGUACUUCCUAAUAGCCCGGUUUUUAGAAGCUGGACCUUGUCAGGACGCGGCAGAGACCUUGAUACGGGAGGUUCAGGAUAAGGAGCUGUUACCCAAAAGGAUUGACUGGACUGGCAAAGAACACCCAGGGAGUUACGAAAAUUUGGUCAAAUUGUACAGGCACAUUUCUCCAGAUCACCUGUUGCAGGUGUGUGAGCGAGUGAGUCCUCUUUUAGAGAGAGAAGUGCCAGCCAGUGUACCUGGAGUUAACUCACUGCUGGGAGCUGGACGCCAGUCAGUGCUACGUACAAACAAGAGUUGUAAGCACGUGGUAUGGAAGGGGUCUGCCCUCGCAGCCCUGCACUGUGGCAGGCCACCCGAGCCGCCAGUCAUCUAUGGAAGCCCGCCCAAUAUUGUGGAAACAAUAUACAGUCGGAGGCUGAAUGGCUUAUAUCGGUUGGGUCAGUUGGUUCCGACAGCUGUUUACCAACAUAUGAAGAUGCACAAGAGAAUUCUGGGACACCUGUCAUCUGUGUACUGUGUCACCUUCGACCGCACCGGUCGCCGCAUCUUCACAGUAAGACAUCUGUUUUCUCCUCUGUGCAGUGGCAAUAAGAGGUUCCUGUCCUCCACUGGAGCUGACGGCACCAUCUGUUUCUGGCAGUGGGAUGCACGCACGCUCAAAUUCGGGCAGCGACCCAGCAAAUUCAUUGAGCGGCCCAGACCAGGCGUGCAGAUGAUCUGUUCCUCUUUUAGUGCAGGUGGGAUGUUCCUCGCGACAGGCAGCACUGAUCACAUCAUUAGGGUUUAUUACUUUGGAGAUGAACAACCAGAGAAGAUAUCUGAGCUGGAGUCUCACACUGACAAAGUCGACAGCAUCCAGUUCUCCCAUGGUGGCGAUCGGUUUGUGAGUGGCAGUAGAGACGGCACAGCACGGAUAUGGCAGCUGCAGCAGCAGGACUGGCGAAGCAUUCUCCUGGACAUGGCCACUAAGCUACCUGGCAAGUACAACCCUCCACUUUUAGAGGACAAAGUUACCAAACUGAAGGUGACUAUGGUGGCCUGGGAUUGCAAUGACAACACAGUCAUUACCGCUGCGAACAACUUGACAUUGAAAGUGUGGAACUCGUACACAGGGAACCUUAUUCAUGUAUUGAUGGGCCAUGAGGAUGAGGUGUUUGUGUUGGAGCCACAUCCAUUUGAUUCCAGAGUGCUUUUCUCUGCUGGGCACGAUGGAAAUGCCAUCGUCUGGGAUUUGGCAAGAGGAGUCAAAAUACGCUCUUACUUUAACAUGAUCGAGGGUCAGGGCCACGGUGCGGUCUUUGACUGUAAGUGCUCUCCAGAUGGGCAGCACUUCGCUUGCACGGACUCCCACGGUCACCUGCUCAUCUUUGGCUUCGGCUCUAGCAGCAGAUAUGACAAGAUAGCAGAUCAGAUGUUCUUCCACACUGAUUAUCGGCCGCUUAUCCGUGAUGCCCAUAACUUUGUGCUGGACGAACAGACCCAGCAGGCACCUCACCUCAUGCCGCCACCAUUCCUGGUGGAUGUGGACGGGAAUCCUCACCCUCCACGCUACCAGAGACUGGUUCCUGGCAGAGAGAACUGCAGAGAGGAACAGCUCAUACCCCAGAUGGGGCUCACGUCAUCAGGGCUGAAUCAGGUGGUUAGUCAGCAGGCUGCAGAAGGCUCUAGUCCUCUUGAUGGUAUGAUCCAGAGACUACAGCAAGAGCAGGACCAGAGACUGGGGUCUGACACCAGAGCCAGCAGAGGAUCUGUCAGUUCUCCCACAGAGGUCUCUUCUCCACCUAACGUGGGUCUGAGACGCAGUGGACAGAUCGAAGGUGUUCGCCAGAUGCACAGUAACGCUCCACGCAGUGAGAUUGCCACCGAGAGAGACCUGGUGGCAUGGAGUCGAAGGGUCCUCGUUCCUGAACUAUCACCAGCUAUAGCUUGUAAGCAGGAGAUUUGGCGUGCAGCUAAAGGAGAAGAGGAAAUCAACAUCUACAAGUCAGAAAGGAGGAGACGCAGCGUGCACAGCCAGUACCACAGAGAAAACCGGCAUGCUAUAGAAAGUUCUGUGGAGGAGGGGCGCCGUCACCAGGGUAACCAGCAUAACUACCAUACACGAUUGGCCGUGGAGGAAACGAGUCGUCAAAGUGAACCCAACGAGGAAGAACACAGUGCUUCUGAGGGAGAAAACGAAGCAAGACCUCCAAGCAGAGAAUCAUCAGAUGAGGAAAGAGAGGAAAAAGAACCCUGGCCUGAUGAUAACAGCAGCUCCAGCGAUUACUCCAGCGAUUACUCAGACUGGACAGCAGAUGCUGGAAUAAACCUGGAACCGCCCAAGAAGACCAGCGUGAAGAAAAAGAAGAAGAAUGCUAGCAGCUCGGAAGAAGAUGGAGAGAAGAAAAAAGACUCCAAGAAGGAGAGGAGGAAAGAAAAGCAGGACAAAGAUGGAGCACUACCAAAGAAGAAGAAGCCAAAGGAGAAACGGAAGAGGAUACCUGAACUGCAGAACCAGGGUUUGACAUUAGAGGAAUGGCUGCCCGCCGCCUGGAUCACUGACACCAUGCCACGGAGAUGCCCCUUCACCCCACAGAUGGGCGAUGAGGUAUAUUAUUUCCGUCAAGGCCAUGAAGCUUAUGUGGAGAUGGCCAAAAAAAACAAGAUCUUCAGUAUAAAUCCUAAAAAACAGCCCUGGCACAAGUUAGAGCUCAGGGAGCAGGAGCUGUUGAAGAUAGUGGGCAUCAAGUAUGAGGUGGGUUUGCCUACUCUGUGCUGUCUGAAGCUGGCCUUCCUAGACCCAGACACUGGCAAACUGACGGGCGGCUCUUUCUCUAUGAAAUACCACGACAUGCCUGAUGUCAUCGACUUCUUGGUACUUCGGCAGCAGUUUGAUAAUGCAAGACAGAGGAACUGGAUGAUAGGUGAUCGUUUCCGGGCAGUGAUAGAUGAUGCCUGGUGGUUUGGUACGAUUGAGAGUCAGGAGCCUUACCAGGCUGAAUAUCCAGACUCUCUGUUCCAGUGCUACAACGUCUGCUGGGAUAAUGGAGAUACAGAAAAGAUGAGCCCAUGGGACAUGGAGGAGAUUCCCAAUGAAGGGACCAAAGCUGAUGAAGAUGAGGAUGAAGAACACGAGGCACCUUGUACAUCUAGCCGCAAUAAGAAGAGGCAGCAGCAGCAGCCUAUCCUGAGGAGUAUGCGCAGUAAACCAUCAUCAGACCCUCAGAGCUGGAAGGGGCGCUGCAGAGAGCUGCUGGAGCUCAUCUUUCAGUGUGAAGAUUCAGAGCCUUUCAGACAACCUGUGGAUCUGGAGGAGCAUCCGGAUGAAGAUGAGGAUGAAGAACACGAGGCACCUUGUACAUCUAGCCGCAAUAAGAAGUUUAAAGCCAUGCGUGGGACUGAUUUUGACUGCCUGUCUCUGUCUGUGUUCUUUAGGGACCAAAGCUGUACAGAUAUUAUUCCACUGUAUAACAGUAUGAAGAAAACUGCUUUCUCAGAUUCAAGCGAUGAUGAAGAUGAGGAUGAAGAACACGAGGCACCUUGUACAUCUAGCCGCAAUAAGAAGAGGCGCCAGCCUAUCCUGAGGAGUCUGCGCAGUAAACCAUCAUCAGACCCUCAGAGCUGGAAGGGGCGCUGCAGAGAGCUGCUGGAGCUCAUCUUUCAGUGUGAAGAUUCAGAGCCUUUCAGACAACCUGUGGAUCUGGAGGAGUAUCCGGACUACUUGGACAUUGUGGACACUCCUAUGGACUUUGGGACUGUCUUGAACCGCCUGUUAGAAGGAGAGUACGACACUCCCGUGGAUCUUUGUAAAGAUAUACGUCUCAUCUUCAGCAACUCCAAAGCCUAUACACCCAGUAAAAAGUCCAGGAUCUACAGCAUGAGUCUGCGAUUGUCUGCUCUGUUUGAAGAGCACAUCAGUUCGAUCCUGACCCAUUUUAAAGCUGCUCAAAGUCUGCACAGUGAGCGAUUCACUCGUCAGCGGCAGCACACCGAGCGCUUGACCAGACAGUCUGUGAAGAGGAGGAGGAGCUCUUCACCUUCAAGCUCCGCCUCUAGUCCAGAAAGGAAGCGUCGGGUUUCGUCUCGCGCUCCUCCUCGAUCGGACAAUGCAGCUCCGCCCACUCCCGCUGGACCUUCCCGGGCUCCUUCUUUACGGCAAACACAUCCACAGAUCAACGGCAAGGCUGAGCCUCCGGUUGUCCCCGGUCGGACACGAAGCUCGGCCCGCUUUGGAACCCAACUCACAGAUGCACCUUCUACACAGUCAGCUCCUCCCCCUCCACCCAGCCACAGUAAGACAGCAGAGCCCACCUCUAGAGUCCUGCGCACACAGAACUCUCACUCCAUUGGUGCCUCCAGGGAAACUGAGAGCUCUGCAGUUCCCCACACAAAUGAAGGCGGGUCCAGAGAGUCUCGCAGGAAACUUCGGACACCUGUAAAACUCACACCAGGUCCAGUCGAUCACGACUCUUCUCCUCAAAACAGUUUGCAUUUGAAUGGUCAUAGUCAAGUGACUCUGGGAGUGGUACGAAGAGGCCGGGGCCGACCCAGAUUAGACGCACAAAUACGAACGCCAGUAGCGGUACCGCCACCCCCACUGCCCCAGGCUUCUGUAAAAAAGAGAGGGAGGAAAAGCAAGAAAGAGCUGGAGUCCCUACGAAGAAGCUCAUCCCAUGAGGAGGAGCUUCUUCUGUCUACUGGUGAUGAGGGCGGGGCUUCUUCUAUAGCCCAGGACAGUAGUCUUUCAGAUUCAGGGGUAGUGACUCCAGAGUGUCCCAAACCACGAGGUAGACUACGAGUCAUCAGGACACCGGAUACCCCAGCUCCUUCAAGCCCCAAAGCUCUCAGAAGGAGCAGUCGGCGUGGCAACGAAGAAACCACGCCCCCUACGCCAGGCCCCGCCCAAAGGGAGGAGCCUGACAUUUAUAUGGGAGAGGAUGGGAGCUCGAAAGGGCAGAUGAGAACGCGUAACCAAGGCCGAAGGACAGCUUUCUAUAACGAAGAAGACUCUGAGGAAGAGCAAAGACAGCUUUUGUUUGAGGAUGCCUCGAUUACUUUCGGCACGUCAAGCAAAGGGAGAGUCCGCAAGCUCACCGAGAAGGCCAAAGCCAACCUUAUUGGCUGGUAACAAUGCCAACUUUGCAUGUCCUAUGUGACACAACCCCUUAUCCUCGCCCCACUGGGGAGGGGGAACCAUUCCUGCUGCUAUCAGACUGUCAUGACUAUCUGAAUCUUUCAUUCUGACUCUCUAAAUCGAUUCUCAUGUUUUGAAUCUUUGACUCUUUUGGUGACUUCAAGAGUCACGGCCCCUUGAAACCCCCCACCUUAUACAUUUUCUUCCACAGAAAAUCACAAAUGCAGUUAAAUACUGAUUUUCAUAUGCACUAUUUGAAUGCCAGUGAAGAAAGGUACUUAUACAGUCUUAUGAAUCCAAAUACCUGAUUUCAUCUCUCAAGAAAGCACUUAUUUGAGGACGUUCGAGUGUGUGUGAGUGUGGUAUAACUUGAGCUUUUACUCUGUCUCGUUUCUUUAAACUGUUAAUUUUAUGCAUUGUUUUUACACGGUUGUUGCAACAAAUCAAACACUUGUUAAAAAAAAAAUCUAUUUUUAACAGAUCAUUGUGUAAGUGGCUGUAAAGCUGUAGUGGCGUGCAGAGAAGGACCUCAUAAAUCGCGUGUUGUCUUUUUAACGUCUUUCUCUGCGAGUCAAGAUCAGUGGCAGUGGUAAUUCACGCAUGUUUUUAUAUAAUUAGCAAUACCUUGU